AUGAGUGACCAUUUUGGAAAUUCGGAUGAACUCCUAGAAGAAUUGGAUCUAAAAAAUUAUGUCAUCUUUAUAAAAAAAUGUUUUAAAAAUGGAGUAAAAAAAGAAGAAGAAGAUAUAUGCGCUCAAGACUUGAGAAAUUUAGCAAAGUGCCUCCCACGAGUAUCAGGGGUUUGGUAUGAUUUGCAUAAAAAUAGUUGGGAAGCAAGAUGGACAGAAGGAACUAAAUCUGCCAGAAAAUAUUAUUCAGUUCAGAAGUUUGGAUUUCAUGAAGCUCGAAAAUUAGCAAUUAAAACUAUUAAAACGAAAGAAAUUAAUUAUAUAUAUAACAGUAUAAGUGAAGAUUUCAGCAAGCCAUUGAAAUGGAACCUGAAUAACGAUUUUCUCGAAAUGAAUCAUGACCCCACAAUUAAUUUAAAGAAGAAAUGUAGAGCCAAAAAUUGCAAAAUCAGGGAAAAGAAAAUUAAAAAGAAUCCUGCCAGUGCUGAAAACCAUAUUACUGACGAAAACCAUAUCAAUGGUGAAAACCCUGCCAAUCACAAUAGUGUUUUUAAUAAAAAAACCAAAUUUGAAAAAAAAAAUAACGCCCAAGGUAGAAAUUUAAGGAGGGACGAUUGUCUUAACAAUUUUACUGCAACUAGUAUAGCUUCUACAAAAAAUGGAAAUCAUGAAACAGAGAAACUUCAAGAUGAUUUGAAAGAUAAAAACAAAAACGUAACAAUCACACAAGGGGAUACAAAAAGUUACAGCAACAAUAGUGAUAAAAGUACUAUAAAAAAUACAUGUGGGGAAAAAAAUCAACCUAACCGGAAAAUUAACAACACAGGAAAACAACAACAUGAAAUUUCGAAAAUUUGGAACAGUACAGUUUCCAAUUCAAACAAUGACAAAAAAGGAAUUUUUGACAUUUCUAGUCAGCUACACAUAAAGAAUACUACGUUAAACACUUGUUUGAAAAAGAAUGAAAAUUCUACAUGUACAGAAAUGGUAUUGUGUACGUAUGAAAAUGAUCAAUGUAGUAGAAACACCAAUCUUUGCAGUAUUGCAUGUCCAAGUGAGGAUGAUAUUACAGCGAAGGAAAAAUUAUGCACUCUUAUUGAAAAGGUUAAAUGCCCCUCUAGCACUGUCAGUGCUGAUGUUAGUAUUAACCAGAAAGACAUGCACAAUUCAGUGACAAGCGCAGACAGUAACAACGACCAAAGGGUAUCAUACAAUUUGAGUGACCAAUCUAUUAAUGAUAAAAACAUCAAGGAAAGAAACUUGCUUAAUAAACACACCCUUCGUAAAAAAGUGCAAAAUUGCAGUGACAAUAACAAAUCGAGUGUUAUAAAAUUUUCUGGAAAUAAAAUUCUAAACUAUAUGCUCAAUCACAAAAAAAAACCAACAUCCAAAAGCACAAUUUAUCGUAAACAAAUUGGAAUAUUAAAAAUUAACAUAAAACAAAGCUCUAAUAAAUUUUUUACCAAAGAAAAUGAAGGGAUAUGUAGCAAAAAAAAUGCAAAAAAAAAAAAAAAUUUUUUAAAUGAAAAAAAUACAUGCAUAAGUGAAAACUCUGUUUAUAUAAAAAAAUUUAAAAAUUGUAAUAAUCCUGAUAUUUUUUUUGCGAAAAAUGGAAAUAUCGAGACCAACCAAAAUUAUAGAAACUGUGAUUUCAAAAGGAGGCAGUUGAAAGGUCUUCAUGACAAUGAUACCCUAUUGCUUACCCCUCACCCUUCCAAAGAAACGUGCGAAGAUAAUGGAAGCGAUGCGAAUGAAGCAAGUGAAGAAAAAGUGAAUGCAUUAUCAAAGGUGGAUGGAUUUUCAAAAGUGGACGAAUUUUCAAAAGUGGACGGAUUUUCAAAAGUGGACAAAUUUUCAAAAGUGGACGAAUUUUCAAAAGUGAACAAAAUGAACAAGACAGAGAAACAUCAUGACAGGGAAGAAUGUGAACAAGGCAUACUCACGGGUGGAGAAGCGGAUAUUUAUAACCAAGGGAACAUACAAAACUAUGAAAGAAGCACCAACCGGGAGUGCAAAGACAUGGAUAUUUUGCACAAAGAUGCAGAAGUGGAAAAUAGCACAUCUUUGAGUAUCGAAUGUGGUGACAAAAAAAAGGACAAAGUAGAGAAAAAGAAAUGCUCUGUAGAAUUAAAUUUAAAAGAAUCUAUACAUCCUGACACGCUUAGCAUAUUCAAAAAUGCAAUUAAUUUACUCUUAAACGACUUGAAGAGCAAAUGUAUACCUCAUUUCGACAAGCAGUUUUUAAACAUCCAGGAAAUUAUCGACAAUCAUAUAAGUUACGUAAAUUCAAUGCUGAACGAAAAUAUUUUAAUCACAUAUGUACACUUGUUCGACAUUUGUGUGUCUAACAAUAUUUUGCCAAGUCAAAUGGAUCAAAAAGUUCAAACGGUUUUCUGCAAUGCAUUGAUUGCAUUUCACAUCCUCCUUUUCAAUUUCCAAAAGGAUAAAAAGAAUGAGGGCGCGUGCUAA